GGCCGCGCCGGACGGACCGACGGCUCGGCUGGGACCGGCUGGGAGCGCUGGGAGCGCCUGGGAGCGGCUCGGCUCGGCCCGGCUCGGCCCCGGCCCGGCACGGGAGGGCGGGAGGGAGGGGCGCGCUCCCCCCGAGCGGCGGCUCCGGGCCGCAGCCCCCCGUUGCGGUCGGAGAGGCGUGCAGCACCGGGCCCUGCGAUGCCGUUUGGCUGCGUGACGCUGGGAGACAAGAAAGAUUAUAACCAGCCGUCCGAGGUGACUGACAGAUAUGACCUGGGCCAGGUCAUCAAAACGGAAGAGUUCUGUGAAAUCUUCCGGGCCAAGGAGAAGACGACGGGGAAGCUCUACACCUGCAAGAAGUUUCUGAAGCGGGACGGGCGGAAAGUGCGGAAGGCGGCCAAAAACGAGAUCAUCAUCCUCAAAAUGGUAAAGCACCCCAACAUCCUACAACUAGUGGAUGUCUACAUCACCCGCAAGGAAUAUUUCAUCUUCCUGGAGCUGGCCACUGGCCGGGAGGUCUUUGACUGGAUCCUGGAUCAGGGCUACUACUCCGAGAAGGACACCAGCAAUGUCAUCCGGCAGGUGCUGGAGGCUGUUGCCUACCUGCACUCGCUCAAGAUUGUCCACAGGAACCUCAAGCUGGAGAACCUGGUGUACUAUAACCGCCUGAAGAACUCCAAGAUCGUCAUCAGCGACUUCCAUCUGGCCAAGCUGGAGAACGGGCUCAUCAAGGAACCCUGCGGCACCCCUGAGUACCUGGCUCCAGAGGUGGUGGGGCGGCAGCGAUACGGGCGGCCGGUGGACUGCUGGGCCAUCGGUGUCAUCAUGUAUAUCCUCCUCUCUGGGAACCCCCCUUUCUACGAGGAGGCAGACGAGGAUGACUACGAGAACCACGACAAGAACCUCUUCCGCAAAAUCCUGGCUGGGGACUACGAGUUCGACCCACCAUACUGGGAUGACAUCUCACAGGCAGCCAAGGAGCUGGUGACGCGCCUGAUGGAGGUGGAGCAGGACCAGCGGAUCACAGCAGAGGAGGCCAUCUCCCACGAGUGGAUCUCUGGGAAUGCCGCCUCUGACAAGAACAUCAAGGAUGGAGUCUGUGCUCAGAUCGAGAAGAACUUCGCCCGGGCCAAGUGGAAGAAAGCCGUGCGAGUGACCACGCUCAUGAAACGCCUGCGGGCGCCCGAGCAGACGGAGACGGCGACGGCCGCGGCACCGGCAGCGGCCUCGGCAGCAGCCCCGGCCGCCACCCCGGCCCCCGCCGCCGCCGGCCGGCUCUGCCCGCGGCUGCCGCCGCCGCCCCGCGCCCCCCCCCCGCUGUAUCUCUGGCAAAUAAAGACCCCGCUGAGGACAAACUGA